GGGCUACCAAGAAUAAUUUGGGCUUUAAAAGGCCCAAGUAAAGGCAACGCAAAGGUUACUAUACGACGUGAUUUCUAGGGUUUCACAAAACAGAGGCGAUGAAGAGAAGACGCGAAGCUACAACACCAUCGCCGACACGACUUCGUCACCGUGAAGAUAUCAAUAUACCUCUCGAUGUGACGGUGGAGAUACUAAAAAAGCUCCCGACGAAAUCUAUAGUGAGGUUCCAAUUCGUUUCGAAGCAAUGGUCAUCAGUUAUCAACAUGCGUAGAGACUUCAUAGACUUCAUCAUGAAACGUUCUUUGGCUCAACCUCCACGUGAUGCCUAUUUCAUCGCUUCAGACGACUACCGAGAAUGUUUUUUAGCCUUCUUGUCUACUGACAAAGAAACAGUAUUAAUCCCUAAACGAUUUCGUCAUUACCUUCGCGGUUUGGUUUGUUGUUGGUCAAAAUCUCGUCAAGUAGUUUUAUAUAACCCUACCACAAGGCAGUCCUUGUACUUCCUAAAGAAGAAAACGAUGCACAUGGAGACUAGUUUCAUCGGGUACGACCCUCUUGAGAAUCAAUAUAAAGUAUUGUUCUUACCAAAGUACAAUCCUGAGCAGCCUUGUCUAGUUUUUACAUUGGGAGAAACAGCAACGAAGUGGAAGACUAUACAAGGCGUUGAAUCUCACCAUCCAUUGCAAGGUGCGCUUUGCAUCAAUGGGAGAAUCUAUUACCAAGCAGGGAUUGUUGAUCAAUAUGACUCUACUUCUCUAUACAAACUGAUGAGUUUUGAUGUUAGGUCGGAGGAGUUUCAUAACAUUGAAGCUCCUAAAACAUUGAUGGAUUACCGUUCUUAUCUAAUAAACUACCAAGGGAAGUUAGGAUUCGUGUGUUGCGAAAAGGGCGUGGAUAUUUGGGUUAUGGAGACACAAGGAUGGUCCAAGAUUUUCUUUAGUGAGAUGGAAUGUUUUAACAAAUUGUGUAGCGUGGGUGUUACUCGUGGUGGUGAGAUCGUUUUUACCGAAUGUGUGUACCGCACUCAACAGAGGUUAGGUGUCUUCUAUUUUGAUCCGAAGCUAGAUAGUAAGAGGUAUAUUGACCUCGAAGGCAUUUAUCCUAAGGAAAAAAGGCGUACCGAUUGUAUAAUAUGGACUGUUCCGGAUUAUGUUGAGAACACUAUGCGUUUAUAUUAGAUAAGAAUAUAUAGUCCUAUUUCAUAAAAAAUUCUUGCUGUGGAUUUUCUUUUUUUCUUUUUUAGUUAAAAUUAGAUAUAGUCCAAAAAAUACUAAAUGUCUUCUUUGGUUUAGAUAUAUGCAGAUCUAAAAUGCAUUCCUCAUGUAGUGAGAGCUUUUCUCUAGAUCAAUGGUUUUAAACCAUGCAACAAAUCGUUAUUAAGGUGAUGUUUGUAAUUUCUGCAUAUGGAUUGCAUCCAAAUGCUCUAUCUAGAUGAUAAAUU